AGGUCUCGAGCGCUACUCGCGGCCGGGCCCUCCCUAACCCCUCCCACGACGCUACGCUCCCCGUCUCCCCGCCCUUCUCUUGCGCCGCAUGGCCGCCAGCCGCCUGCUGGGCGCCACGCGCUGCGCGGCCCUGCCCGCAGUGGGCCGGAGGGCGAUCACUGUGGUGAGCCGCGGCCCGUGGAGCUUCGAGUUCGAGGCGAAGGGCGCCGUGCUCCACGCGCAGUACGGGCUGCCGCCGAAGCUGCCGUGCCCCCAGGAGGCCAUCGCCGAGUGGUCCGGGCCGAUCGCGGACGAGGUGCGCCGCGGGCCUACCGAGCUGAUGGGCAGCUCCUCGGAGCGGAACGCCGCCUGCGUCCUGCGCUUCCUGGACGACGUGCAGUCCGCCGCCGCGGGCCUCGCCAGGCAGGAGAGGCCGAUGGAGGCGCUGGUGCUCAGGCGCUGGAUCUUGCCGUCCCCGCGGGUGUCUUGCUGCACCGGUCCGGCUGGGGCAGCACGCAGCCUCCGAGACCGCGCCCCCGCCGUGGGGGCCGUGGUGGCGGGCCUGGCGGGGCCGCUGGCCUGGAUCCCCGGGGUGAUGGUGGUGAACGAGGUAAUCAUGAAGCGGACUGACCAGUACGGCGCUUUGCCAAAGUCGGGAGGACCCGUUUGUUGUGUUGUUUCCAUUCUAGAUUUCAUGCGUCGCGAGAGGGAAUCAUGCGCCACGGCGUUUUCGGGGUCAAGUGUUAAAGUCCGUUCCCACGCCUCGCAGGAUUGUCAAACGACACCCUGUGGCCAAAGACGGCCCCUGGCCUUGGGUCGAGAGUUUCAGGGCCCACGACGUCUGAGUUUGAGCACUGAGGACCCAGAUCAAGGAGAUCGUGCCUACGUAAGGUUCGGCUGCGAAGAAUACCAGCACAUUCGGCGCCGUCUUUACAACACCUUCGGACGCGCUAGAAAUGUCAAGUGGGCCCAGUGCCUCUCUUGUAAACGUUGCAAGGCAGUGCGUUCGCGAAGCAUGCGUGCAGUAUGCGAGGGGGUCAUGUAGUUGGGGGGCCCCCCUCAUGAAGGUUCAUGGAAAUGAGACGUUCCAGGAUCGGCCUCGCCUUCGAGGAUCGAAGGAGCUUGGAUUCCGUUCUCGCCGGAAAUCGGCGGUGCUCUGGCGGUAGGCGGCGGA